AAGCAAUGGUCAUUGAUCUAAUGUAAACUUUGAACAUAGCGGAUUCGUCUGCAACAGCAUGAAAGUAGCAUGAAAAGAAACAGACAGUCAUGCUAAAGAGGCAAUAUUAAUUUUGUUGGUUCGUCCUGCAUGAUAACACACAAGAAUGACAACUUUUACAACUCCUGUCAAUGCCAAUUGUACCGAAGGCUUGAAAAAGAUAUGUCACAACGUUUGUAUAUGUGUUGUUGAAGAUGAUCCGUCAUCCACACAAUGGGGAAUUAUUAUUCCAGCUGUUAUUGCAGGUUUACUCUGUAUUGCUGUGUUAAUUUAUGCAAAUUACAAGUACAAAUACAGCAGACAAUCAGCAUAUGAUCCCGAAAAAUCAUCUCGAGUUAUAGAAGGAAGAAGGAAAGGAGGAGAAAUACGGUUUUACGACAUUGACGGUCGUCAAAUUUCCGAACCAUCAUUAAGAAAAUACGAUGAAUAUCGUGUAUUUGAACAAAGAGUGGUUCCUGCCAGACCUAUGUCUCACAAUUUGAAUAUUGCCCUUGCUGACAAACAACAAAAUGUUAAUGAAAAAAAUAAUAAAGCCAAUGGCACAGAGAAUGAGCAUAAAAACAGCAAAACUGAGGCAAUUGUAGAAAAUGAAGUCCACGAAAAAGACCUCCAACACCAACAACGAAUUGAAAAAUUUGACAUAACUAUGGAUGAUAUGGAUGUUAAUGAUCAAAUUGGAACAAAAGAGAAAGAGGAAAACAAUAAUAAAGAUAAGGACCCAUGAAAUGUCACCUAUAUUAGCAUAGAUAUGCGUGGAACAAACGAUCGUUCGUUCCCUUUUAAUAUAAAGUUGGAUGGCGAUUGUAAAAGGUGGAUGGGGUUUGUCCAAGAUAUUCGAGAAUUCCGUAAAUCUAUAAUUUGCUUUGUUAGUUUUAUGAAACAUUUUGUUUCUAAUAGUUCCAGUUAUUGUUGAGGUCUCAACCUGAUUUGUUAUUUUGUUCUAUUUUGCAAAUAAAAUCAGUUGAAUGCUUCAACACUUUUGACGCACUUUGGCAUUAAAUUACUAUCUUAAUCUUAGUACUAAAUAACAUAUUGAAAUUGAAUAAUUGUCAUCCCAGCAGAAUAACGAAACAAUAAGAUUGAUUCAUGUUUAAUGCAUACUCAAAUAAGCCUGGAAUACCGCAAUUGAUCUUCUAAUGCGAAUGUAUCUUUUCAACCAUUUAACAUAACACUUGAACAUAUGAAAGAAUUUGUUAUCAAAAUAUAUUAUUACUUGCUUCGAUUUUCA